AUGUCAUUCUAUACGCAAUUACCUGCUCACGUUUUCUCGUAUCUUCCUCAUAUUUUCCUCACCUUUGUUCUCCUAUAUGUGAUCAACUUUUACAUCUCUUACAUCAACCGAGAAAAUCCUCUCCCCGGACCCAUCCCUCUUCCUAUAGUCGGCAACGUCCUCCAAAUGUCAGAUUCGUACAAAUUUCUGGUCGCAAUGCAUAAAAAGCACGGAGAUGUUUUUGAGUUCUACAUUGGCAAUGAGCGCAUCAUCAUGCUUAAUCGGGCUGAUUUGGCAGAGGACAACGUUCUUAAACAAUCAAUUAAAUCCAACUACUUUGUUCGGGCUACAUCGGAAACUCAGGGGUGGAAGGAGCUAGGUCUCACAGAAAAGGGAAUAUUUUCAAAUAAGAAAUUCAAGAAUUGGGCGUUCAACAGACGUUUUUUGAGUAAUUGCUUGACGUCUACCAAAUACAUCAAAGAAAUUGUUAAUGUCGCCCACAACCAAUUUUCAGAGGCCGAACAGUAUUGGAAAGAGCUCGGUGGCAACACACCUUUAGAAUUCACCAAAUGGAUGCACUGUAUCACUGUGGACACGGAAGUUAAAAUAACAACUGGCGAGCAAACUUAUGCUAUCCCUACAUACGCCAAUUCUCUCCUUCCGCCUCAUCUUCAAAAACCUCUUCCCCAAUCGUCUAUCCAAUCAUAUUCCGAAUUUAUCUCAAAGCUUCUCUACAGAGCUUCGAUUGGAAGAUUCUUUUACAUAACUCCGUCAUUUUUCAGACAUUAUGUUCCAGGCUUUAAGCAGAUUGCAACGCGAAUGAAGAAGGAAGCGGCAUUGUUUGAGGAAGAGGUAAAGCAAAUUGUAAGAAAUAAAAAGCAACUCAUUGAGAACAUGGACGACGACGAGGAGCUGAAGGUGGACUUGCUGUCGUUGAUGUUGACUGUCAACACAAAGAGUGACACAAAUAAAAUUAAAGGGAGCGAGUUUGAGGAACCUUUGAACGAGGGUGAGAUCGCUCAAAUACUCAUUGAAGUGUUUUCUGGCGGAAUUGGCACAGUGACAAACGCCCUCUGCUCUACGAUUUACCACAUCUGCAAACAUCCAGCCGUUAAAUCUCGCCUCGUCUCGGAAAUCGAUACUACACUGGCCGCCGAUGGCGGCAUCCUCACUUACGACUCUCUCUCCACGCUUUUCCCAUACACGACCGCAGUGAUGAAAGAGGCUGCUCGCAUACUUACUAUCGUUCCAUUAGUAAUUCAACUGGCUUCUAAAGAUGAUGAAGUCGCCGGAUACAAAUGGCGCGCUGGUACGGCGAUCGGUGCCAAUAUCGGAGUCAUUCACAAACACAAGGCCCAUUGGAAGGAUCUGGAAACAUUCAGACCUGAGAGAUUUUUGGACGAAUGCGACGAUGAGAUAAAACCAAGAACGUUCCUACCUUUUGGUGGGACGUUUGAGGUUGAGUUGUGUGAACCAGAUAAAGAGUUAGAAUAUGUCUUUAUAAUAAGUAACACCUGUAAGGAGUUGAAAGUUUAUUUAAAAGCUAGGAACACAGAGGAAGUCUUUUAUGUCUCUUACAUCACCCGUGAGAACCCGCUUCCUGGUCCUAUCCCUCUUCCUAUUGCCGGCAACCUCCUUCAAAUGAAGAAUUCAUCUAAAUUCUACGCUGCCAUGCACGAACGUUAUGGCGACGUUUUUGAAUUUUAUAUUGGCAAUAAGCGUUUUAUAAUGCUGAACCGGGUCGACCUAGCAGAAAAAGUUCUUUCGCAGUCGAUUAAAUCUAACUAUUUUGUCAGAGCUUCAUCAGUGAGUCAAGGGUGGGAGGAACUGGGCUUAACGAAAAAGGGCUUGAUCGGGAACAAGGAACAAAAUAUUUGGUGGUUGAAUAGAAGAUUGUUGAACCAUUGCCUAA